UUUAUUGUGUUGAUUUAGCUUGGCUAAAUUGGCGAGUUUGCGGCACUUAUAAUAACCGAAACGGCUCUGUAAAAGUGCCUUUAGAUGCGAAUGGUGUGGCAUUCGCGGUCCAUAAUGGAGCGUUAAAACCGUGCUUUAGCUUAAGGCCACUUUGUUUCGUGAAGAGUUACGAUGGAGCAGCCUGAGGAGGCUGUAAUGCACCUAAAGCGACAAGUGGAGGACUCAAGUCUGAACACUGCUGACAGAAUCAACCUGCUGAAUGACACUUUAGAGCAGUUACUCAACGUGGCGGCGGAACAGAAGGACACCAGUGCACUGACCAGAGUCAAGUCUCUUUUGUAUCAGAACGGUAUCCUGAGCCACUGUGUUACUCUCAUCACUUUGAAUCCCCAAAGACCACAAAGCAUCUGGAGAGCCGCGGUCACGCUGGCCUCACUCACAACCUCCUGUUGCGUGGGGGUGGAGCCUGGUGAAUUGUCAGAGACUUUUCAUCGGCUCUUCUUACCAUCAGUUGCGGAUGGCCUCCUGUCAUUAGCCAGUCAUCUUGCGCGGCGAGCAGAUUGUGUCUCUCCCUUCAGGAAGGUGAUGGACUCAGUCAGUUGCCUUCUACGAGCGCACGCACAGCUCACCGCACAAGUUGUCAGUUCUUCCCACUAUGAACUCAUUCAGUGCUGUGACGAGGUCACCAUGUCACUGCUCUGUGUCCAGAUGUGGACUGACAUAUGUACAGCAAACAGUGACUUCCUCUCCAGUUUAAGCCAUGACGCCGUCCUGCUGCUGCUCAACGAGGCUGUUGGCCAGUUAGCCGUGAGCUCCGAUGCGGCAGUGGGCGGAGCAUCUGUCCGACUCAUCCUCCACAUGGCCAGUCAACUGCCGCUUCAGCCCUUCCUCUUCAACUUCAAAGGUUUGGACAGCCUGUUGGACAAAGACUGGCGAGGACGAGGCUUUGACCCGGAAGUAGAUCAGCUGAUCGCACUUACCCAGUCUCAGGAAAGCACCCCUUCUGGCGACCGGGAGAGAGCGGCGAGUGUGAUUCAGGCAGCUUGGAAAUCGUAUCUGACCAGACGUAGAGUCAAGAGUCUUGGCGGAGUGGUUUCCAUGCUGCAGCGUCGCUUCAGGGCUCGCAGAAGACAACAGCAACAGCAGAGGGAUGCACAGCGGUGGCAAGAGGAGUUGAAUUAUCAGGUCUGUUUGCAGCGUCAGCAGGCAAGGACAAAGUUCCAUCAAAAACAGAGAGAACUGCUGCUGCUUCUGCCUCCUGACCAGGUGCAGCCGUACCUGCUCGAAUGCGAGAUCCGUGCCGCCGUGUUGAUCCAGAGCGCCUGGCGAGGCUUUCUAGCCAGACGACGUAUUGACUCGCUGCGACCUGCAUCGAGACUCGCGCACGUGCAGCAGGAGGCCGCCAGGACGCUGCAGAGAGCUAUCCGUCGCUUUCUCCAAGAACAUCGGGCGGCUAAAGUCUUGGCCUCCGCGCCUUGCUGGAUUGGCCAGAAGGGUUUGACAGAGAGCAAAAGGGCAGCCUUGAAGAGACGGGUGGACGAAUACAUCAGUCUGCAUCCUUCAAGCGGGGCGAGUCGACAGGCGUGUGAACAACUCCACGUCGACGUGCAGUGGCGGCUGCGGGUGCUGCUGCAACAGGCAGUGCGACAAACGAGGGAGGAGCAGAAAAUGGAGUCCCUGUUGGCUCGCACUCACACUCAGCUGGAUCUACUCAAAGAUGCCCCGCCCCUCUCUGCUGUCACGGCGACUGAUAUCAAGUCCUUCCUGAGCCCUUGCGGUACCAUCGCCACUCGGGCCCGUGACGCCCACAUUGCCAGGCUGCAGGCCAACAGGCUGCCCUGGUGGCGGACUCUGGGGGAGACCACCGCCGGACUCGAAUCAAAGGUGGAAGUGGAAGACAGCAGCUGAUCAAAUGUCACCUUGUGAACCAUCACAGUGGUUCUCGAGUACCGGACUGAAAUUUCGCUGGUGAGAGCAUUUCAGUAGCCUCUGUGCGCGGAUCCAAACAAAUCCAGGCGCGUAACGUGGGUGUGUCUCACCCAUUUUGGGGGAAGCUGAAGCAGCCCUCGAGUACAUGCAAGCACCCACAAAAUUUGAGGGAUCUUCCACUUUUAUUCUUUGAUCUUAUUGUGAACAAGCGAGAGAAGUGUGAAAAUCAUCCAGUGUUUGGUAGAAACAAUGUUUUAUCAACAAAAGUAUCGAUGCCCA